AUGAUCAUUACCACCCUCAUUCUAGCCCUUUUUUACUCUGGUAUACUUGCUAUACCGACGAUCCAGCCGGAGUCUUGGUCCAACGAUACUCGCACGGUCGCCACUUGUGAGUCCUGUUCCGUUCAUGGCCACAAGUCGGGUAAUGCGAGUGCUUCUGCCACCGAUGCGGGGAGUGGCGCUUCAGAGUCUUCAGAAUCUUCAGAAUGGACCAUUCGUCGCCUCCAACGCAAGUGCUACAAGAAUAAUCAGAUCUGUGUCUGGAAAUUCGGCAUCGACUGCGGCCACGACCGUGUCACCAAGUGCUACUUUGUGGUCAACUCCCUCGGGCGCAACAAGACGGCUACCGAGACCGACUCGCCAGACCACGUCUGCGGGCGCUUCACCGUCUCCAGUGGAUGGAGCGGACAGUUUGGUCCAGGCAAUGGGUUCUCCGUGUUGGCUUUGGUAGACAACGAGAGUCAAUUAAUUGCAUGGCCGUCAUAUUCCGACAAGCAAAUACAAAACGGGACCGUCGUCAAGCCUGACCAGACUUAUACACCAAAGAAGCUGAAAGGCACUGAUAAAGGUGGACGGCGCGAAGAUGAGCAGUCAGAGGAUGAGGAAGAAGGAGAAGGAUCACCUACUUCAGUCAACAGCGGUGGUUGGUAG